AUGGCUUUGAAAACUAUAGCUCUCUUUCUGGGUCUUAUAUUGGCCUGCAUAGCAGCAAGCGGGACAUCAGCUAGGGACCUUUUCAUCAACCCUGAAGCAAGGGUUGAGACCAGCAAUAACCUAGUUGACUGCUGGAAUGCGUUAUUGGAGAUCAAAUCUUGCUCAAAUGAGAUUGUUCUGUUUUUCCUUAAUGGGACAGCAGAUAUUGGUCCUGAAUGUUGUCGUUCUAUUGCUAUUAUUACUCGUAAAUGCUGGCCUGCUAUGCUUACAACUCUUGGCUUCACAGCCGAGGAAGGGAAUAUUCUCAGAGGCUACUGUGAUGCAGCUUCUUAUUCUCCUACUGCUGCUCCUCCUCUUGCUGCUGCCUCGCCGUUGCAAUAUAACCCUCUGGUCAAUUAG